GAUUUGCUUAAGGUUUUAGACUUGAGAGGAUGUGGAACUACCCAGCCAAGCCUGAAUACGCGACAGCUAAAAUAGCGGUGUGGUGGGACAUGGUGGACUGUCCGAUUCCCGAGGGUUAUGAAGCUCAUCGGGUGCGUCCGAGUAUAGAAGGGGCGUUCAAGAAACUAGGCUACUAUGGUCCUGUCUCCAUCACUGCCUAUGGCGACCAAACACAAACCCCUGAUUAUCUCCUGCGAGGGCUCUCUUCCACUGGAGUCUCUGUUGCACAUGCCAGUACCGAAAGCACGUGCGCUCUCAUGUAUUCGGAUAUGGUGGAAUGGCGAGGUUAUAAUCCUCCUCCGGCGACAAUGAUGUUCAUAUCCAAUCAGGUGGACCAUGUCUUCUCAUUGGAUCUGGUCCGGCUACAACAAGAGACGCUAUACAACCUCUUUCUGGCUUACUCGGUUAGUUCUAAAGCCAUACCAGCCCUUGAAACUUCUGCAGAGUGGCGCUGGAACAAGUUACUAGAGUCGAAGACGAAGAAGACCAGAGUGGUUAAAAAAUAUGAAGAAGAAGAAGAUAUUGACCCUGCCAUGUUUUAUUGUAAAUCGUGCGAUAUCGAUUUCCAAAGCCUGAGGAAACUCAGGAAGCAUCUCUCGAGUAGAUAUCAUGCAAUAGAAGCAGUUAUAUGCCCUACUCCUCGAGAAAUUUCCCCUGUAACGACUAAGUGGGGAAGGAACUACCCAGCCAAGCCUGAAUACGCGACAGCUAAAAUACUGGUGUUGUGGGACAUGGUGGACUGUCCGAUUUUCGAGGGUUAUGAAGCUCAUCGGGUCCGUCCUAGUAUAGAAGGGGCGUUCAAGGAACUAGGCUACUCUGGUCCUGUCUCCAUCACCGCCUAUGGCGACCAAUCACAAACCCCUGAUCAUCUCCUGCGAGGGCUCUCUUCCACUGGAGUCGCUGUUGCACAUGCCAUUACCGAAGUCAGAUACAGAAGAAUGAUGUCCGAUUUCAGUGAAUGGCAAGAGCUUAAUCCUCCUCCAGCUACAAUGAUGCUCAUAUCCGAUCAGAUGGAGAAUUUCUUCUCAACUUUUGUUGCCCAGCAUCAACAAGAGAGUAAAUACAACAUGUUCCUGGCUUAUUCAUUUAGGCCUGACAAAAUGUUAGCCGUGGUCACCUCUGCAGAGUGGCUCUGGGAAAGCUUACUGGGAGUUUCAGAGACAAGAAGACACGUUCUUCAGAGGUGCAGUAGUCAAAGGGGUGAACGUGAAUCUACCGGAAUGUUUGAUUGCGAAACGUGCGAGUGUGAUUUCAAGAGCCUUGAUGAUUUCACGAAGCAUCUCUCAACUAAUGAACAUGCAUGGGAAGAGUCUUGUAUUCAUGAGAAUCUUCGAUCACUGGAGGACGAGCGAAUCAUGCGCGGCCUACGGGAGGUAGAAGAAUAUUUUCCAAAGAGCAAACGUUUCCGGAAAGCAUUCCGGACGGGUUUUCGUCCUUUCCAUAAUCAUCAUUUACAUCUUACUAAUCGUGGAGCUAAAAAAUCUCAAUAA